AUGAAGUACUUCACCUCUGCUGCUGUUCUUGCCGGUGCCGUUGCCGCCGCCGCCGCCAAUGUGUCUGACUCUGCCUCCAUCGAGGUUGAGACCGUCACCAACAAGCACACCACCGAGAUCACCGUCACCUCGUGCCACACUGAUGGCCCUUGCCAGACCACCGUCCACCCAGCUACCCAGACUGUGGUGACCAAGACCGUUGAGGGUGUUGCUACCGAGUACACCACCAUCUGUCCUGUUUCUGAGGAGGCCGCUCCUCUGACUGGCCCAGCUCCUGCUCCAGCUCCUGCUCCUUCCUCCAAGGCUCCUGCCCCAGCUCCUGCUCCAGGUCCAGGCGCUUCUUCUGCUCCUGCUGCUCCAGCUCCAGCUCCAGCUCCUUCUUCUGAGGCUCCAGCUCCAGCUCCUGCUCCAGGCCCAGGUGCUUCUUCUGCCCCUGCCGCCCCAGCUCCUGCUCCAGAGGCCUCUUCCCCUGCUGCUCCAGGUCCUGCCGGCACCACCCCAACCACCCUUGCUGCUCAGCCAACCACUCUCGAGACUUCUGCUGCUCCAGCCCCUGGUCCUGAGUCCGAGAGCGAUGUCUACGUUGACCUCACCACCACCCCAACUUCUGUCACCUCUGUUGGUGUCGAGCACACUUCUUACGCUCAGGAGACCUUCACCUCUGUCCAGCUGCCAGGCGGUAACGGUACCGCUGGUGUUUCUACUUUCGAGGGUGGUGCCAACAAGCAGGCUGUCGCUGGUGCCGCUAUUCUCGGUGCUGCCGCCUUGUUGUUGUAA